UUUUUUUUUUUGUGUGUGUGUGUGUUUACUUACUUCAAAAAAUAGUUUUGAUUACUAAAUGUUUCUAGGAAAACCGAGGUAAUCUACAAUGACAGAUAGCUUGGAUGAAUUCAUUGAAGAGCAGAAGGCAAAACUGGCCAGAGACAAAGAAGAAUUGGAAAGUGACCCACCUUACAUGGAGAUGAAGGGAAAGGCACCAGAGAAACUCUCUGAAAACAGUAAAAUAUUAAUCUCUAUGGCUAAGGAGAACAUACCACCGAACAGCCAGCAGCCCAUGGGCUCCUUAGGAAUAUUGUCAAUAAUAUGUAUCUUGUGUGAUUCAUUGAUGGCGACCGAAACGUUCACCGAAAGUAAGUCAAAUACAAUGAAUUCAUUUGAUUCAGUCAUUGUUUUCACUGGACUAUUUCAUGAUCACAGGUGUAUUUUCUGUUACUGCUUUGCUUUUAGUAGUAGAGUGGCUAGCUAAGAGACAGUAGUUAAAGGGCUUUUUAUUUUUAUUUCUUAUUUUUAUUUUUAUUAGAACAACUCAAAGUGAUGCGCUUAGUAUCAGUAUCAGAUAUAUAGGUAACUCAAAUUUGAUUCUUGAAAAUUAUUAGUUAAUAUGCAGCUAUAGGGAAAUGAGCUAUUAUAUUUUAGUAAAUUUCCUUAAUAUCUAAACUCAUUAGUUUCUUUGACUAUAAAGUAAGUUAGAUAAUACUAGGGUGUGGAGAGACGGCUCAGUGGUUAAGGGCACUGGCUGCUCUGACAGACUGCUUGGGUUCAGUUCCUAGCUCCCAUCAUCUAGUAACUUACAGCUGACUGCCUGUGACUCCUGAUUCAGAGAUCUGAUGCCCUCUUCUGACAUCUACUAGGACCAGGUACACAUGUAGUGAACAGACAUACAUGCAGGCAAAACAUUCAUACAAUAAAAUUAAAAAUGUAAAGUAAGUUGGAUUAUUUUCUCAUCUGAAAUUUGUAUGAAAUUCUAAAAUUCUAAGAGAUAAUUAAAAAAUUUAAUAAUAGAUUAUUUUUGAUAAUAAAUCAUUAAGCUUAGGCAAAAGCACUGAAAUUUUGGGGUUAAGUUGGCUUGAUUGGGUUGCCAUGCCUUUGUGAUGUGGCAUGUUUGUUUUAAGUUUUUUUUCCUUGUUGUAUGGACAUCGUCUCCUAGGGUUGUUAUGAACAGUAAUUGAAUAUGUAAGAAAAGACAAUUGACAUGUAAUUGGGCCAUAAAUAAUAAUGUUUCCUUGUAUUUUACAUCUUCUGCAAGGGAGUUAUUCUCUGCCCCUUACAUACGAGUAACAUUCUAAAAUACAAUGUGCAGCAGCCUUUGUUCUUAAAUUGGAGUGAUUGAGCUCUGAUCUAGGCUGUUCUUUUGCUUUAUAACUUCUCAAGUGACUGCAUCCACUCACAGGACAGUUCUUUUUUUUUUUCUCAAACAGUGUAAAUAUGAUUUGAAAACCUGUACUCAAAUCUCAGUUUCUUCUGAAUUUUAUUUCCACCCCACUUUCUUUUAUGAACUUUUUACUUCCUACUGGAUGGUUGCUUCUACGUGGAUAUCAUGGCCUCUUAAGAUUUCUGGUUCUUGCCAUCUUAGCAAGCUGCUUCCUCAAUCCUUUUUUCUUUGGGUUUUUUUUUUUUUUUU